AUGGCUACUACUAAAUCCUCAAUUUCAGUCCCUCUUUCUUAUGAGGCUCUUGAAUUGACCCAUGUGAAACUCUCCCACCAUCCUCACGGGGUACCGAAUGCCACUCCCGUCGUGGUGAUUACAUUGAAUCGGCCAGAAAAACAUAACGCCUUUACUCCACAGAUGGCCAAUAGCCUUGAAUGCACCUUUCGAAUGAUUCACUUUGAUAAUCGCGUCAAAGUAGUCGUACUGACGGGUGCAGGAAGAAUGUUUUGUGCCGGGUCAGACUUGGACAUUGGGUUUGGGGAUGGCAAGGGAAGGGCCGUUGAUUUUCGGGAUAUUGGAGGUCGGGUUGCUCUCGCCAUGCACCGGUGCCAUAAGCCCACGAUCGUCGCCCUACAAGGCGCUGCCGUGGGCGUGGGGAUGACCAUGACUCUCCCGGCUGCUAUUCGCAUCUGCCAUGAACAAAGUAAAUACGGCUUCGUGUUCACUCAGCGUGGUCUCACCAUCGAAUCCUGCGCCUCGUACUUUCUUCCUCGCCUCGUUGGAUUCUCCCGUGCUAUGCACUUGAUCGCUACUGGAGGUGUUUUCCCUCCGACUCCCAAGUAUUUCGGGGAUCUCUUCACCGAAGCGUUGCCAGACGCCGUGCAAGUCCUUCCCCGGGCACUGGAAAUGGCCCAAGAAAUGGCCGAGACUACAAGUCCGCUGGCAUCUGCGAUGAGCCGGGCUUUAAUGUGGGAGGGUCCCAGAUCCCCCGAGGCGGCGCAUCUGCUGGAAUCGCGGGUGUUCCAUCAUAUUAUGGGAGAACAAGACUAUCGAGAAGGUGUCAAUUCGUUCCUGGAGAAGCGCAAGCCCCAGUUUAAAACGAAUCCACAGGAGAAUGGGCCACCGGGAUAUCCCUGGUGGUUUCCAGUGGAUGUUCAACUCGGCCUACCUCUAUCAAAAUCGAAUCUAUAG